ACCACCACCUCGCACGGCCGCCUCUCGCUCUUCCAACUCACCUCUUCACACAACAGUCACAUCGCCCACCAUGGACCGCAUCCGCGAGAAACUCAACUCGCUGCGCAUCGAGGCCGACAAGUCCAUCGAGCGUGCCGAGGCAGCCGAGGCGGCGACGAAGCGACUUGAGCAGGAGAAUCUGACAAAGGAGCAGGAGAUUGCCAGUCUGCAGCACAAGCUUUCGCUCGUCGAGCAAGACCUGGAGAAGGCCGAGGCGCGCCUGCAGGAGCACAAGAGCAGCAAUGCCGAACACGAGGGCAGCCGCGCCAACGCAGACGACCUCGCGCGCAAGGUGGGCCUCCUCGAGGAGGAGCUCGACGCCGCGGAGAAGAACCUGCGCGAGACGACUGAGAAGCUGCGUCUCGUCGACGUCAAGGCCGAGCACUUUGAGCGCCAGGUGCAGCGCGUCGAGCAGGAGCGCGACGCCUGGGAGGCGCGCCACGAGGAGGCCGAGCAGCGCUUCCAGGCCAGCAAGCGCGAGCUCGAGGAGGUCGUGGCGCAGAUGGAGAGCCUCUAAAGCCGUCGCGCUCGCAGUCGCAGUCGCAGUCGCAGUCGCGGGCUGCUGAAGCUCUGCAAGGCUCUGUUCUCAUCUGCCACUGUCAUGCCAGCGAGGGCGAAGGGCUCGAGAAACUUGCGACGUGGGGGAG